CUUGCCCUCGCCUCCGCAAGCCAACGCCCCUCUAUCGCGCGCCACAGACCAGACACACAUCAUGCUUACAGAAGUGGUGCAGGUCAAACAGUUCAACGACUACGGCUUCGAAUGCUGGGGGCUCUUUGCCAAGGAAGACUUGCCCAAGGGGACGUUGGUGUGGUACGCGGAAGGCCACGAUGUGCUUGACACGUACACGAAGGCCGAAAUACUUGCACACCCCCAACGAGAAACCCUAAUUACGUACUCGUAUAUGCGCGGCGACGACAAGUUUUGCUCGACGUUGAACCCUUCGUCCGACCCGAGCUGGUACUUCAACCACUCGUGCGACCCGACGUGCUGGUAUGAAGGUGACGAGCGCAUAACAACUUGCCGCGACGUCAAGAAAGGCGAGCAACUUGCGUACGACUACUCCUGCACUGAAACGGAAUCGUCGAUGCAUUACGGUCUGCGAUGCCUCUGUGGGACGGCAGCAUGCCGUGGCGUACUCACGUUUUCCGAAUGGCGCAGCCGAGCGUACGCGCGCAAGAACAAGGGCCACUUGAACGACUACGUGUGGGAAAAGCAUACCGAGAACAGCUGGUAUGAUCCCCGUGCGGAAGUGCGUACCAAGAGCGGCGACUCGCGCGGGAUGUUUGCGCGCAUUCAGAAAGACGCUCUGAUCAAGGCUGGCGAAAUCGUUGUCGUUUUUUCCGGCAAGAUUGUGCACCGCAACCAAGUGAGCGAACCUGGUGCAAUCUCGAAGCGCGACUUGGAAAUGUCGCUGCAAGUGGCGCCUGAUCUCUGGCAAAUUCCGUCGUGGAAGGAAAGCGGUGAAAAGUACGACACAAGUGACUUCAUCAAUCACUCGUGCGAUCCAUCGUGCGGCAUGUGGGACUCGGUCACAGUCGUCGCCAUUCGAGACAUCCACCCCGGCGACGAAAUCACGAUUGACUAUGCCAUGGUGAACGACGGGUCCAUCAACGCCAUGACCACGGGCGACAGCGACGCAUUCGAGUGCCACUGCCAAAGCGCCAACUGCCGCGGCAACAUCACACCGUCCGACUGGAAGCUUCCUGAACUGCAAGCGCGCAUUGGACAGUACUUUGCUCCAUUUGUCAAGGAUCUCGUCCGUUGCAGCAGCCAUUUGUCCCCGUGAAACAAUCCCCACCUUGCGUCGUGACGGCAUGACACUUACGAGAUAGAAAUACAAAGUUCGAACACACAGCGUAAAAAAAACAAGUGUUGGUCGGUGUCCUCA